GUUUUCCGACCUGGGUGCCUCCUGCCGCUCCAGUUUGGUUUAACCAUUACGCUGUAGCUCGUAAACUCCGCCCCAGCGGACACACACGAGGGAUAGUGCCUGUGACUACAUACACACACACACACACACCAGCUCGAAACGGUGUGUCGUUUUUUUCGUCGUCCGUUCCGGUUAAUGCUGUUAACGAACAGCAUUUUGACACAUGACAUUCUAAAACCCCUGUGCUAAGACCAUAACGGCUGGAUGAGUGGGCCAUUCACUUCCCCCUCUGCACAGGUGGCUGAGAUGAACCGCAUCCAUUAUGAGUUGGAGUACACAGAGGACAUCAGCCAGCGCAUGCGAAUCCCAGAGACCCUCAAGGUGGCCUCAGGGAACCAGACGGCGCUUCAGCAGCCCCUGGCCAUUCACACAACUCUGAUGCAGGUGCCAGAGAGGAUCAUCAUAGCAGGUGAUGAUGGGGACACUCAAUUCUCUCAUACCCGAGACUUGGACCUGAUUCAGUCCGUCCCUCCCAUGGACCUCUUGAACAUGAAGGCCCCACCGCAUAUCCUCACUCUUACAGAGCAGCCACUGGACUCCCUUGAAACCGAACAAACUGCCACGUCACAAAGCAAUCCCAGCCAUGUGGCCCAGUUUCAUACUCGAUCUCGAAGGGAACGCAGUGCGAGUGAGAACACAUCUGGCCGCCACGGCAGUCCGAUUGUCAGAGGGGAGAUGAGUGUAACCCCUUCCCCUUCUGCCCCCCCAGUCCGGUUGUGUCCCCCCCUCUGUUCUCCUGAGGAUGUGAACAUGAACUUGUUUACAGCUGCGGGGUUUCUGUCUUAUAUCCAGUCAACAACACGCCGGGCAUACCAGCAGGUUAUCGAGGUGCUGGAUGACAACCACCGCAGGACACACCUGGACCUGGCUCUGGAUAUAAACCCUGAUGAUUCGGGCUUAGUGGAUGCCUCCUCACUACGGCGACAGAUUGUGAAGUUGAACCGGCGUCUGCAACUGCUGGAGGAAGAAAACAAAGAACGCUCCAAGCGCGAGGUGAUCCUGUAUUCUGCCACGGUGGCAUUCUGGCUUAUUAACACCUGGAUCUGGUUCCGUCGCUAAGAUUGGACAUGAAUGAGUCUCGAAACACUGGAAGCCGAAGCAAGUCCUUGUUAAAGCUGCAACCAUUUAAAUACAAUAUGAGUCUUUACUACAUAAAAGGCAACCACAGGAAACUACAACAACCUUGGCGAAUGUCCUUCACCUCAAUGCCAAGUGUUUCUAUAGUAAAUUCUAAAUUGUGAUUUCACUGCCAAAUUAAACUUAGCGCUGUCAAGUUAAGACCUAAGGGCCUGUGUCCAUGUAGGGUGGUUCUUUGGCAGAAAAGUGCCCCCACAAAUGCCCUUUUCUGUCUUUGACGUGUUGUCAAAGACAGAAAAAGUGCUUUUUCUGAAAUGUAAAGAGAUUGUCAACUAGAAGCCGUAAGAGUGGGCACACAAAAAACUAGCGCUCUGCCAAAAGACGCUGGGUGCAGCGCUGCUUCUCUAGCUGGUUGCAUGCAGCCGCAUACGCUCUCUUUUCAUUGGGACGAAAGACGCUAAGUGGACACAGGCCCUUAGGUCUUGGAGGUAAAGCUAAAGUUCGCAUAUCUUACAUUCAAAGAUUCAUCUGUGUAUUUAAAACCUUCAUAAACGGGCAAAUGACGAAGCACAAUAACACUAAAGCUGGAUGUUUGCAAACAUGUUAGUACCCACUUUGUUGCAAUGAGCUGAGGUUUGCUAUGUAGCAUCAACAGCCAACACUAGUUACCUUAUUUGGCUAAAAGUAGCUAUAACAUGGGUUGCUCUGAAAAUAUAAUUUCAACUCUCAAACAGUGUUUAAGUCUAAAGCUUUCUCCACCUCUCAAAUACUGCACUGAUGUUCACUUCUGUGGCAGAUAAUGUAGAAUAUGUGGACCAGUUUAAAGUAGCAAAGGAGAGCCUGGUAUAAAUCAGUAAGACUGGCCAAGCUUCUCUUGUAUAUUAUGGUCAUUUUGUGCAAUUAUUACGGAUUGUGCCGUUUUUAAAGCUUGAUAAAUCCUUUGCAAAGCAACAAGACAUGUUACAGUGAUGCUUACCAUCAUGUAUCUUUGUGAAAGUUAACAUUUAACAAAAAUAGUUUUUUUCAGGAGAAGAAUGAUUAAAAGGGAAACAAUGAUUUACUUAAGCAACAAAUGUUUUGGGAACCAAGCCAAGUUUGACAUCACGGUUCAUCAGUUUUAUAAAAAUCUACCUUUCUUAAAGUCUCAAAGUAAGAUGACUAAAUCUAGAGAUGCCAUAACAUUUUAGUUCUGCAUCACCCACAACAUUUACAUACAGUACUUGAAUAGCCUUUUGUUGUAAAUGUUGUAUUUUGUCCUUUUAAUGUAAAGUGUUGACAAAAUACUAAGGGUAGGGUACUAAGGGUAGUAUCUGUGCUGUAUAUACAGUUUGAGCUUGGUUUCCAGAGAAUUCUUGUAUUCCACAAAGUUACCUACAAAAUAUGCAUGCUCUAUGGUUUUCAUCAUCAUACAGUAAUGAAUAUUAGAGCUACUGUCUGUAAGAUCAUGUGUAUUAUGCUCUGUAUAUAAAAUAUUGCUGUCAAUAUUUUUCCAUAAUGAAAUUAUUAUGUAUUCCAUGGAGGUUAUUUAGCACAUGCAAUGCAGAGGCACCAACAAAAUGUUGCAAUUAACCAUGUUUCUUUCUUACUGUUAAGCACUGUUACUUGGCUAAAGCUGGAAUUUUAAGUUUAGUAUUUUACUUCCUUUGUAAUAUAUGAAAACAUGAUUCAUUGUUUGUGAAUAUCUUUGCUGUGAUAAAUGAUGGAUGGUAAUUUC